CCUGGUCUCACAGUUCACUAUCCCCCGUCCCAACCAAGUAACCAAGGUAGCACUCAAUCAGCUAUCUUUUUUCAGGUGAAACACUUUAGUGAGGAUGAGCUGAAGUACUUCUUGAAAUGGCCAGAGUAUGACUUCUGGUCCGGUUUUGUAAAACUGAGAAACGGAACUGUACCGGGUGAGGAGCAUCUGGAUCGUUUCUUCUACACGACUGGCUUCCAUGGCGAAAGCCUAUCGGAUUGGAAUCAACGUGGAGUGAUGCUUCACGCCUGGCGACGCGUAGUAGAUAACUAUAGCGAAUUCCAACCGACAGUAUUUCACGAAGAUGGUGUUUAUCUCGAUUUGAUUGAUAAUAUGGCAACAGAUACGUGGCAGUCCGUUCUGGGCACAUUGGUCUGUAUGGCUUUCGUGUGCUUUAUCUUCCUUAACAACCUCUUCACCGUGGCCAUUGCUAGUAUUUCGGUGCUGUCCAUUUGUGCAGGAAUUCUCGGUAUAUUGUCAUGGUUGGGUGUGGAUCUGGAUCCAAUCACAAUGGCUGCUACGAUCAUUUCCAUUGGUUUCUCAGUGGAUAUACCGGCUCAUGUCUCCUAUCACUAUUAUCAAGCCUCCUUCCAAGAAGGCCCAACAUCGAGGCCGGCAGAUCGACUGGCGAAUUGUUUGUCAUCGGUGGCCUUCCCUGCUGUACAGGCUGCUCUCAGUACCAUCCUAUGCGUGUGCAGUUUGAUGUUCGUGAACCUGUACAUGGCUGGAGUUUUCGUCAAGACGAUGAUCAUAUGUGUGGUGCUGUGUAACCUUCACGGUCUCGUCUUCCUUCCGGCAAUUCUAAUCAUGAUCGACUCGAUUCGAUGGGCUCUACGACCAAAAGGUGCAGCCGCUCAGCCUAAGAACCAACCGCCAAAAGUUUCACGAACGAAGCUGAAGCAGAAUUCUAGGAUCGCACCAGAGAAGAGCUUUGUAACCGAUCGUCCAGAGGUUUGA